UGCAUCUGUGACGCAUUUUCCAAGCGCCGGAAACACGUUCGCGAACGCUGAUGUGUUAUUUUGCAGUAUGUGGUAGUAGUUUAAUUUAGAAGAUUAUUCCUUAAAAAUAAGAAACCGUUAGUUUUUUAGAUGCCUAAAGGUGAAGGCGUCAUCAAAGGGUGAACUAAACGAACAGGCACACAAGAAGAACUCAGGGAAGAUGCCGCCGAAAGGUAAAGUUGGAACCAAAGGAAAAAAGCAAAUCUAUGAGGAAAACCAGGAUACUCUAAAGUUCUAUUGCAGAAUCAUCCUGGGAGCAAACGCUAUUUAUGCAGCAGUCAAUUUCUUGCUCUAUUACAACUCAUCUACAUUUUGGACAUGGUUCUCGCUACUGUUUGCAGUGGCGGUCUACUUUGGCAGCUACAGAUCAAUGUCAGCAAUGGCUAAAUCUACAUUUGCUGAAGAUGGUAGCUUGCUAGAUGGAGGGAUUGACCUUAAUAUGGAACAGGGCAUGGCAGAACACCUGAAGGAUGUGAUUAUCCUUACUGCCAUUGUUCAGGUCCUCAGUACUCUGUCAUCCUACUUCUGGUACUUCUGGCUCUUGGCACCUGCAAGGGCUUUGCAUUUAUUGUGGGCAAACUUCCUGGGCCCCUGGUUUUCUGCCGAUUCACAGGCAGCCCCUGAAGAGAAUGAGAAGAAUGACAAGAAACAGAGGCGACAGGAAAGACGACAGAUGAAGAGAUUCUAGACUCUGUUUAAAAAAAGAUUUUUUUUUACAUUAAUUGUACAAUUACAAAGAACAU